AGGGAGAGACAGCACAUUCGCCUCCGCUUGACACAUCGGUGUUGACAAAACGAGUCACGUGACGCGCACGAAGAUGGCGCAUCUUACGCUACAUUGCAGCCUCCUCUCGAUUCCUCUUGCGCCAAAUCGGACCUAUCUACGCUGCGACCUCGACGCAAAUUAACAUCUCAUUUUUAACCCCUCUCGUCUCAUCCGUGGACUGCAGAAGACUGCUUUUCUUUCUUUAGAAAAAGGCUACCGGAUGAGUAGAUUCUGAAAGCUACCUGCGCUUGACUUGAAAUGCGGCUGGAAUAACACCUUUGUGGAGACAGCGAAGCGCGUGCACGUGUGCGCGUCCCCCAGCUGGUCACGGAGACUGCAUCAGAUUGGCGAUACACGCCGGGAAAUAAUAAUAAUAAUAUUUAAAGACUAAAAGCAGUGAUUUUUGAUGCUCCUUUCUCCCGGGCACCAUUACUGCGCACACCAACGUCAGAAUUCCUGUGGAGUCAUGUAGUACGAUCAACAUCCUCCUCGUCCACUUCAUCUCAUUUUUUUUUCAAGCCGACAUCAUCUGAUUUCAUCGAAACAAUGUGGCACAAAUAACCAAAUAUGUGGAUCCCUACCGAAGAGGAAAAAAUCGGAGUUGUUAUCUGCAACUUCCGGUCACCGAUAUGUCAGGCCCUGGUCCUGGAGAUUGGGGAGACAAUCCAGAUUCUGGAGAAGAGUGAAGGUUGGUACAGAGGCUUUUCGACCAAGAAGCCUUCGAUCAAGGGUAUUUUCCCAGUCAGCUACGUUCACUUGAAGAAAUCUACAGUGACCAACAGAGGGCUGUGCGAGACAGUGGUGCCCCUUGAGGACCCCAUCAUCACCGAGACCACCUCGACACUGCAGGAGUGGGGUGUCUUGUGGAAGCAGCUUUAUGUGAAGCAUAAGGUGGAUCUGUUCCACAAGCUGCGUCAUGUGAUGAACGAGCUCAUCGAUUUACGUCGGCAGCUCAUCCAAGGUCACCUCGCUCAGGACCAGACCCGUGAGAUCAAGCGGCACAUCACUGUACGCCUUGACUGGGGCAAUGAGCACCUUGGCAUAGACCUUGUACCCAGGAAAGAGUUUGAAAUGGUGGACCCGGACCAGAUCAGCAUAUCUGAGCUUUACAAAUUGCAUGUUUCCAGCAGACACUGUGGUCAGCAAAGCACAACGCAGGCUGACAACGUGAGACCACGUCACGGCGACAGUUGCCGUGUCCCGGUGUCACACCACCUCUUCAUCAAUCUGAAGAGCUUCACUUACAACAGCAUCAGCGAGGACGCUGACGUCUUCUUCUCCCUGUAUGACACUCGAGAGGCCAAGCAGAUCAGUGAAAAGUUCAUGGUGAAACUCAACAAAAAUGGAGGACCAAAGAAUCCGGAGAAGGUUGAUCGCCUUUGUGCUCUCUUCACGGACCUAAGCAGUAAAGACUUGAAGAGAGACCUGUACAUUGUUGCACAUGUCAUGAGAACUGGCCGCAUGCUUCUGAAUGACUCAAAGAAAGGCCCACCUCACGUGAUGUACCGACGACCGUAUGGCUGCGCCGUUCUUGCAAUGAGUGAUGUUUUCCAUACCAUCACUGACCUCAAAGAGGAGAAGGACUUUGUGCUCAAAGUUUAUACAUGUAACAACGAGAACGAGUGGUACCAGGUCCACGAAAACAUCAUCCGCAAGUCCAACACCAAAUACUCCGCUCCCAGCACCAAUUAUGGCCUCAUCAUUUCUCUGCAGCUGUUGAAGGGCGAGUUGGAGCAGAUCAGACGGGAGAACCAGGCUGUGUUCAACCGAGCCCUGGCACUCACACGCAAACUGGGUUUUCCAGAUGUUAUCAUGCCAGGUGACAUUCGCAACGACUUGUACUUGACCCUGGAACGAGGCGAGUUUGAGCGGGGUGGCAAGAGCGUCCAGAAGAACAUCGAAGUGACGCUCUAUGUCCUCUACGCCGACGGGGAUACUCUCAAAGACUGCAUCAGUUUGGGCAGCGGGGAACCAAACAUGACUGACUAUCGCUCCUUCGUCCUCUACCACAACAACAGCCCUCGCUGGAGUGAGAUGGUCAAACUUCCCAUUCCCAUAGAUCGCUUCCGAGGGUCUCACCUCCGCUUCGAGUUCAGACACUGCUCCACUAAAGACAAAGGGGAGAAAAAACUUUUCGGCUUUGCUUUCACUCCCCUGAUGAGAGAGGACGGGACCACACUGUCGGACGAAAGCCAUGAGCUGUACGUCUACAAGUGUGACGAGAGCGCCACCUUCAGUAACCAGGGCCUGUACCUCAGCCUGCCCUGCUGCAAGGAGGACUUCAACAGUUGUCCCAACCUGCCAGCUAAUCUGCCGUUCCAGAGAAGCCCAAAAGAGACCUUUUGGGUCUCCACCAUACUCUGCUCCACCAAACUCACACAGAAUGUGGACCUAUUGGCCCUUCUGAAUUGGAAGACCCACCCGGACAGGGUUCUGGACAUCCUUGGUCGAUUGCGUCAGAUCAGUGGGGAAGAGAUUGUCAAGUUCCUACGAGAUGUCCUGGACACCCUCUUCUGUCUUUUAGACGACAACACUGAUAAAUAUGGACCUCUGGUUUUCCAGUCUCUGGUAUUUAUUAUCAACUUGCUCAGGGACAGUCGUUUCUACCACUUCCGCCCUGUCAUGGAUUCUUACAUCCAAAACCACUUUGCUGGAGCUUUGGCAUACAAGGAGCUCAUUCGAUGCCUGAAGUGGUACAUGGACCGUUCGGCUGAGGUCGUCCGACAAGACCACAUUCAAGAGGCCAUGAGGGCUCUGGAGUACCUGUUCAAGUUCAUCGUCCAGUCCAGAAUUCUGUAUGCGCGGGCCACUUGCGGGAUGGAGGAAGAGCAGUUUCGAGCAAGCAUCCAGGAGCUCUUUCAGUCCAUCCGCUUUGUGCUGAGCCUGGACAGUCGCAGCUCAGAGAAUCUGGUCUUCACGCAGGCGGCUCUGUUGAACAGCUUCCCUGAUAUCUUUGAUGAGCUGCUGCAGAUGUUCACGGUUCAAGAGGUGGCCGAAUAUGUCCGCGGCACCCUCGGAAGUAUGCCCAGCACUGUUGACAUUGGCCAGUCAAUGGAUGUUGUCAAACUGCAGUCGAUUGCACGCACCGUUGAAAGCCGUCUGUUCUUCUUUCCCGAGUCCCGAAGCAUUUUACUUCCAGUUGUUCUGCACCACAUUCACUUGCACCUGCGUCAGCAGAGGGAGCUGCUUAUCUGUUCUGGGAUCCUCAGCAGCAUUUUUUCUAUCAUCAAAAGCAGUUCUAUGGAGUCGUCUGUUCAGGAGGAAGUAGAGAUGAUGGUGGAGAGCCUCUUGGACGUCUUGCUCCAGACUCUCUUGUCAAUCAUGAGCAAGUCUCACUCUGUGGAGACAUCCAGAGGACAACGCUGCCCCCAGUGUACCGCUGAGAUCACGGGGGAGUACGUGUCCUGUCUUCUUUCUCUGCUCCGACAGAUGACAGAGAUCCACUUUCACCAUCUACUUAACAACUUCCAUAGCAAGGAGGAACUCAAAGAGUUCCUGUUAAAGAUCUUCUGUGUAUUCCGCAACCUGAUGAAACUGACAAUCUUCCCUCGAGAUUGGAGUGUCAUGAGACUUCUAACCAGUCACAUCAUCGUCGUGACAACGCAGCUUCUUUCCCCGGCGCUGCACAAGAACUUUUCCGAGGCCGAUUUCGAUUUCAAGGUGUGGAACUCCUUUUUCAGCCUGACCGUGCUCUACAUCAAUCAGCCCAGUCUGCAGCUCGAGGCGCUUGGGCUCACCAAGAGAAAGAAAGUUCUGGACAAGUAUGGCGAUAUGAGAGUACUGAUGGCGUAUGAGCUCUUCAGCAUGUGGCAAAAAUUAGGUGACAACAAACCCCACUUCAUCCCAGGAAUGAUGGGCCCCUUUCUGGGAGUCACCCUGGUCCCUCAGACUGAAGUUCGAAACAUAAUGAUUCCAAUUUUCCAUGACAUGAUGGAUUGGGAGCAGAGGAAAAAUGGAAACUUCAAACAGGUGGAAGCGGAACUGAUGGAUAAGCUGGACAGUAUGGUGUCGGAUGGCAAAGGCGACGAUAACCACAGGGAGCUCUUCAGUCUUUUGACCCAGCUUUUCGGACCUUACCCAAGUCUACUGGAGAAGAUAGAGCAGGAGACCUGGAGAGAGACGGGCAUCUCAUUUGUCACAUCGGUCACAAGACUUGUCGAACGACUGCUGGACUACAGAGACUGCAUGAAAGGAGAUGAAGCCGAGAAUAAAAAAAUGGCCGGCUCUGUCAACUUUACGAAUUUCUACAAAUCGGAAGUCAACAAGGAGGACAUGUACAUCCGUUACAUCCAUAAGCUGUGUGACCUGCACCUCCAAGCAGAAGACUUCACAGAGGCCGCGUUCACGCUGUUACUCUACUGGGAACUGCUCCAUUGGGAGGACCGGCCUCUGAGGGAUUUUCUCCACUACCCUUGCCAGAGCGAGUGGCAACGCAAGGAGAACCUGAGUCGAAAAAUUCUUCACUACUUCAACAAGGGCAAGUGUUGGGAAUACGGCAUCUCUCUGUGUCGGGAGCUGGCUUUCCAGUAUGAGACGUUAUAUGAUUACCAGAGCCUCAGCUGGAUACGGAAAAUGGAGGCGGCCUACUAUGACAACAUUAUUGAGCAGCAGCGCAUUGAACCAGAGUUUUUCCGAAUGGGAUUCUAUGGCAGGAAGUUUCCCUUCUUCCUCAGGAACAAAGAGUUUGUCUGUCGUGGCUAUGACUACGAACGGCUGGAGGACUUCCAGCAAAGGAUGCUGGGAGAAUUUCCACAAGCCAUCGCCAUGCAGCAUCCCAACCAACCCGACGACACCAUCCUGCAGAGUGAUGCACAGUAUUUGCAGAUCUAUGCGGUGACACCAGUGUCAGAUAUCUCAGAUGUGCCUCAACUGGAACGCGUGCCCGAGAGGAUCAAGAGCUUUUACCGCAUAAACAAUGUCAGCCGCUUCCACUAUGACAGGCCUUUCCACAAGGGCCCCAAGGACCGCGAAAAUGAGUUCAGGAGCCUGUGGAUUGAGCGAACAACUCUAAUCCUCUCCCGCCCUCUCCCGGGCAUCUCUCGCUGGGCCGAGGUGGAAAGGAGAGAAGUGGUGGAGGUGAGCCCUCUGGAGAAUGCGAUCUACGUGGUGGAAAAUAAAACCCAGGAGUUGCGCACUCUGAUCAGCCAGUACCAGCACAGACAGCAUCACGGCAACAUCAACCCGCUCAGCAUGUGCCUCAAUGGGGUCAUAGACGCCGCGGUGAACGGAGGCAUCGCCAGAUAUCAAGAGGCAUUUUUCGACAAGGACUACAUCAGCAGUCACCCUGAGGACACGGAGAGGAUCACCCACCUCAAGGACCUGAUGCAGGAGCAGGUGCACAUUCUUGGAGUGGGUCUGGCUGUUCAUGAGAAGCUGGUCCACCCGGAGAUGCGUCCACUGCACAAAAAGCUGGUGGACCAGUUCCACAUGAUGAGGACUGGCUUGCAUCAUUAUAUUUUUGGGACCCAGCAGGGUGCGCCCGGCGUGGAUCGAUUUGGACCUGCUGGCUGCUCCGGGGUCAAUUCUCCCAGAGGCGUCCUGUCCUCCCACAGCCACAUGAGCCCCGAGAGUCUGCGGCUCAUACACAGACACAGCCCUCUGAACCUGCAGGGUUUGAUUCGUCACUCGUCCUCCUCUCUGUCCUCUCACACUUCGAGCGAGACAGGACCGGUAAACCUCGCCAUAAUGACAGAGGGUCUCAUGGGGGAGCACCCCGAGGAGUCCAUACACAUGCAGCCGAGCCCUUCGUCCUCAAGCCUGAGCUCGAUACGUUCCAACUCCUCCCAAAUUAUAAACUCUGCUCCCUCGAGUGCCAGAGGCUCGCCGUCCUUGCCUGACAAGGCCAAACACAACCGGGAAGUGAUGAUCCUGCUGCCAUCUCAUCGUGAGCGGGUCAACAACUCUCUGUACUACAACUUGGCGGAAAACGGACAGAAUAACCACAUGCAGCGUGCCUUACUGCAACAAGUCAGCCCCUGCAAGCCGUGUACGGAUCCUCACAUGACUCUGCCGGAGAAAGUGUUUCCCAAUGCUCCCGGCAGCUGGAACCUGGAUGGAGAGAACAGGGACCAGGUGUCCUACAUGCCAACUUCGACUGGAGGUGUAAUUAUGCCGCCCAUCCCUCCAAGAUCUUUCCCACCAGGACACUUCCUGAUGCAAUGUGACACAUUUAACCCGCAAAACAGCGACCCUCCACCUGCCCUGCCUGUGCGUUCACUUCGAAAGUCGCCCCUCCACCCAAUUCCCGGUUCCCCGACCAGCCCUCAGUCAGCUUUGGGGGGCAGUAACUCCACCCUGUCCGGCAGCGCCAGCAGCGGCGUUUCCUCCCUGAGCGAGAGUAACUUCAGCGGCCAGUAUCCUGAUCCGGGCCCCAUCAGGAAUGACGCCUUGGAGCCCCUCCCCAGCCACUUGUGGUCGCCCCCUGAUGAGUACCUGGCCUCUUCCUACCUGCACAUUCACUACGGCACCCCAGAAAUGGAGUCGGUGGACCCGGUCCGCCCUUUCCACUACCGCAGCCCCGCCUCGCACCCUCACUCCCACCCUCACACGCACGCUCACUCGGGGCUUGACGGCCACUCCCACGGGCCGGCGCCUCAUCAUCACCCACCCGUCCACGGGCCCCAUCACAUCCCCUAUCGCAGGCCCCAGCCCCCUGCCAUCCCGCCCAAACCCUACCUGCGGGAGGGCUGCAUCCCGGAAGAGGAUCUGCAGCCUCAGCCCAUUCCGCUGCCCCGCAGGAUCUUCCACUCCCCUCACGGGCACAGGGACGAGCAGGGAAAGCAUCCCUGGGAGCAAUGCAUCAGUGAGGAGCACGAGGAGGCGCAGUGAUCCCCAUCUUCCCUUCAUGCGCACUGCGUGAAAGUAGUGGGGAAAUGUCCGACAUGAAAGCAUGUUCCUCGCUGUGUUUUUAACUCAGUGCGCAUGGGGGCUCGUUUUAAAAAUAAAAAAAAAAACGAACAGGAGCCGCUGACUAACGGGUCAGCGAAAACAUCUUGAUUGUACACAGUUGUACAACUUGUCUGUGAGCAUGUUUUCCAUUUGAGAGUAAUUCGACAAGCGUUUUGUGAAGUCUAGCGACCGUGAUCAUGCCAGUCCAGGAUGAACUCACAACGCAGCAUUAGGUGGUUGGCUAUUCACAGUGAAGUGACUUCUGCUUUCAAUGCUUCACAUCCAGGAAUUCUUAUUUUGAUAAAUUUGCUACAUGAUAGUGUUUUCAAAGGCUUCAUAUUGUACAUCCAUUACACUGUUAAGUGCUCCUUAAUAGUGACUCAUGACCGGAAUGACGCUCUCUUUUCCGAUAAGACGUCGAGCGGGUUGCGAAGAUCGGACCGCCAUCUCAAGGGACUGACUACUCUCCAUCCGUACCGUGCGUAUGGAAACCCACGUGAAUGUAAUUCCAGAUGAUCAACUUGUACAAGUUGCAGAGCUGACGAUUCAGAUUUUUCUUUUUUGUCAAAGUGCUUUGAUUUGAAUCUUUGUUGUGGACCUAAAAUGAUACCUGGAGAGGAACGGCUAUGGGCUGACAGGCUGCCUGGAAUGAAUCACUCCCAAAACUGUCAAUGUGACUUGUUCUCAGUGAAUGAAGGCUGGAAGGACUCUCCACUUCACACCUCUUGUCUGUCACGCUUUCCGCUCCCCUCUCCUUUCCUCUAUCAGAUCCUGUUAAACAGUGAGGGCUAAACCUGGAUGGUGACACUGUCAAGCCCCUGAUCCACUCAGAAAGUGUUGCAAUCGCCUACUUGCCUUAAGCGCAGUCACAUACAGUUUGACCUUUCAUCUGGACUCUAAGCUCUUCUCUGUGUUCACUCCCAUGACGGAAAAAAAUAAAUCCGCUUAGUGAUGUUUUUUUUUUUUUUUGCUUUGGUUUCGGAUUGUGGUUUUGUUCGUAGUGCUGAUAUUUCUUAUCCUACCUGCGGUUCUUAUCUUCUCGGUCACGGCCUGUUACGUACAAACCAAUCGCGUAUCAGACAGAGAACAAGCGUUUGUUUCAAUGCAAUGGUUAAGGAAGGUGAUGUUGAACUUUUUCUUUUUUUCUCCCUUGGUGUUUUAUUUGGCAGGUGGAGGCUUCGUGUUACUGUACAUUGCAUCUCCAGCUGACUAGACAACAUCUAUUUUUGUAUGUGAGAUCAUCAGUGGUUUGAGCUUCUUUACAAAGGGCCCUCGUACUGCACGCCUUGCUGUACUUUGUAUGGAAAUGAGCCUGAGGUUAGAUAUAGACACCGUGCGAGUAUCGACGGAGGCGGAGAACUAUGGAAUGAGUCGAUACUCAAACCAUAGGAACAAUUCCGAUUUUCCAAUGUAAAUUCUGUUACUGUACAUACAGCGGUAUUGUGAGAUAUUUUUUGAGAAUUAUUGCAGACACCCCCGAAAAAGAUUUAUUGUUGUUUUCGUGUAUAUACAUGUACUCCAGAGAUCAAUGUAAUUGAUAAAUAUCUAUAAUCAGUGUUUGAAAAAGGAAGAAUCCAUUAGACUGUGGGUGUCUCCACCGUUCUUGACUAUGAGUCUCAUAUAAAUAAUUUAUACACUUUUCAAUGUGCUUUCCUGUACAUAUGGUGUUAGCAUGAUCGGACAGUGUUUGGUUGUAAAAGUGGUUUUCCUACUCCCAUAACUGCUGUGGUAUGGAAUUCAUUCACAAUACCAAACAAUAAAGACAAUCUUUUAUCAGCA